AUGGAUGGAAAAUCAACCACUCAAGUAUUCUACAAGCCAUCACCAGUCGAGCAUGAGACCUUCAGUGUCAUCGUCAACCCAGACGAGUACAAGAGAUGGUCAGAAGGCGACAAGACGAUCCCACUCGUUGAAGUAGUUGAUUCAUUUGACAUAUUCUACACUGAACAAGGCUCACAGGGCAAGAUCGGCAGAGCAUCCAAGCAACAAUUAGAGAAUGUAUUCGGUACAUCCACAGAUGACGUUGUCGUCGCAAAAAUCCUCGAGGCAGGUGCAGACCAACCAGUCGAAUUGUCAGGUGGUUCUGCAAUCAAGAACACGACGCAAGGACGUGGCGUAGAUCUUAGAGGAUCAGGUAGUUCGACUUCAGGUGCAGGCCACCGCUAG